AUGGCGAGAGUACCGGCCGACUUUACUCUCACCGUAGCGGCCGACGCUACUCUCACUAUAGCGGCCAACGCUACUCUCAUCCAAGCGGCCGACGCUACUCUCACUAUAGCGGCCGACGCUACUCUCACUAUAGCGGCCGACGCUACUCUCACCAAGCGGCCGACGCUACUCUCACCUGGCCGACGCUACUCUCACCAAGCGGCCGACGCUACUCUCACUAUAGCGGCCGACGCUACUCUCACCGUAGCGGCCGACGCUACUCUCACCGUAGCGGCCGACGCUACUCUCACCGUAGCGGCCGACGCUACUCUCACCGUAGUGGCCGACGCUACUCUCACCGUAGCGGCCGACGCUACUCUCACCGUAGCGGCCGACGCUACUCUCACCGUAGCGGCCGACGCUACUCUCACCGUAGCGGCCGACGCUACUCUCACCGUAGCGGCCGACGCUACUCUCACCGUAGUGGCCGACGCUACUCUCACCGUAGUGGCCGACGCUACUCUCACCAAACGGCCGACGCUACUCUCACCUGGCCGACGCUACUCUCACCAAGCGGCCGACGCUACUCUCACCGUAGCGGCCGACGCUACUCUCACCGUAGCGGCCGACGCUACUCUCACCGUAGCGGCCGACGCUACUCUCACCGUAGCGGCCGACGCUACUCUCACCGUAGUGGCCGACGCUACUCUCACCGUAGCGGCCGACGCUACUCUCACCGUAGCGGCCGACGCUACUCUCACCGUAGUGGCCGACGCUACUCUCACCGUAGUGGCCGACGCUACUCUCACCGUAGCGGCCGACGCUACUCUCACCAUAGCGGCUGACGCUACUCUCACCGUAGCGGCCGACGCUACUCUCACUAUAGCGGCCGACGCUACUCUCACUAUAGCGGCCGACGCUACUCUCACUAUAGCGGCCGACGCUACUCUCACCAUAGCGGCCGACGCUACUCUCACCAUAGCGGCCGACGCUACUCUCACCGUAGCGGGCUAUAUUACUUGCACACGUAGUGGCCGACACUCGUUGAAACCUUAA